GCUCGCGGUUUGUUUGGGCUGUUGGGGGUGCGCGCACAGCCCGGGAAAAGCGGGAAAUGGCGGCGCCGAGCGCGGGCUCCCAGUCAGCCCUCCAGCCAAAGGAGCAGAUGGCCGCUGAUAGGGGGCGCAGGAUGUUGAGAGGGUGUGGCAUGCAUCCUGACCAUCAGGAAGCUCUCAAAAAGAACCGAGUGGUGUUGGCCAAAGAGCUGCUGCUGAGCGAACUGUUGGAACACCUCCUAGAGAGGGACAUUAUCACCUUGGAAAUGAGAGAGCACAUUCAGGCCAAGACGGGCAGUUUCGGCCAGAACGUGGAACUCCUCAACUUGCUGCCCAAGAGAGGCCCCCAGGCCUUUGAUGCCUUCUGUGUGGCCCUGAGGGAGACCAAGCAGAGUCACCUGGAGGAGCUGCUGCUCAGAACCCUGUCCGGUCUUCAGCCUGUAGUCCCGCCGUUGAGCUGUGACUAUGACCUGAGUCUCCCUUUCCCAGUGUGUGAGUCCUGUGCCCCCCACAAGCGGCUCCGCCUAUCUCCAGAUGCAGUGGAGCACUCCCUAGACCAUGGAGAUGGUCCUCCCUGCCUUCAGGUGAAGCCCUGCACGCCUGAGUUUUAUCAAACACACCACCAGCUGGCCUACCGGUUGCAGUCUCGGCCCCGCGGCCUGGCACUGGUGCUGAGCAACGUGCACUUCACUGGAGAGAAAGACCUGGAAUUCCGCUCGGGAGGGGAUGUGGACCACAGCACUCUCGUCACCCUCUUCAAGCUCUUGGGCUACAAAGUUCAUGUUCUUCUUGACCAGACCGCACAGGAAAUGCAAGAGAAACUGCAGAGUUUUGCCCAGCUCCCGGCUCACCGAGUCACUGACUCCUGCAUAGUGGCGCUCCUCUCCCACGGCGUGGAGGGCGGCGUCUACGGCGUGGACGGCAAACUGCUCCAGCUACAAGAGGUUUUUCGGCUCUUUGACAAUGCCAACUGCCCAAGCCUACAGAACAAACCGAAAAUGUUCUUCAUCCAGGCCUGCCGUGGAGAUGAAACAGAUCGUGGGGUCGACCAGCAAGAUGGGAAGAACCAUGACCGAUCCCCCGAGUGCGAGGAGAGCGAUGCCAGUGGAGAGGAGCUGCUGAAGACACGGCUGCCCACCCGCUCAGACAUGAUUUGUGGCUACGCCUGCCUCAGAGGGACCGCUGCCAUGCGCAACACCAAGCGGGGCUCCUGGUACGUGGAGGCCCUCACCCAGGUGUUCUCCGAGAGGGCCUGUGACAUGCACGUGGCUGACAUGCUGGUGAAGGUGAACGCACUCAUCAAGGAGCGGGAAGGCUACGCCCCUGGCACGGAGUUCCACCGCUGCAAGGAGAUGUCCGAGUACUGCAGCACCCUGUGCCGCCACCUCUACCUCUUCCCAGGCCACCCCCCCACGUGAUGCCAGCCCCGGCCCCCCGCAUCCCACCUCGUCACCGGGCCGCAUGGAGGCCGCCGGGCCUCAGGAGGCGAGGUCGAGCCUCUCUCCCCAGGAUGCGCGGCUUCUGUGCCUCCCCUCAGGGACUGGGACUCCCCUAGGCUCCUUUCUCACACCCACCGUCUCACCGGUGACCUCGGACCGCCAGCUUCUCCCAUGCGCAGCUCUCCUGUAGAGCCGGCUCUGGCUGGACUCGUUGCCAGGAGCGUGUGGCCUCCGUUGAGGGACCUGGCGAGUGACACUGUGCACACAGUAUCCUGACGGGGAGAAGGCGUGUGGGUUUCCUCGAUGUUUGUGUUCAGCUCCUGCCCCAGCGCUCUUGGAGGAAGCACCCUGGUAAUCGCUUUUGUUCAAGGAGCUGAGAUGUCCCAGAGGUCACACCUCCCAUCUCUCCUUUCAUGUCCCAGCCCCAUUUGUCCCAAAGUGGGAGUUUCAGUUCAACACAGACAGUUUUCAUUUGGUUUCAAAAGGCCAAGCAGCCUCUGCUACUGUGGGUCGGCCCGGACCUCUGCGUUUGU